ACAGAAGGGUGAACAUAGGCGCAAUAAAAAGAAAUUCUUAGAAAAACAUAAGAAAAAAAUUAAUUUAAAUUAAUUAAAAAAUAAUACUAAAACCAUAUUUAUAAAUCUUUAAAGAAAUUAUAAUUAAAAAUUGCAUUUCAAUUAAAAGCGAUUCUUUGUCAUAGACGUCACUUAAAGAAGAAACAUGACUCUAGUGUUUUGUUGUCUAUUUAGAGGUCAAGUUUUCAAUUAAAUAAUUAAAAGACGACAGCAAAACAACACAAUUGUUGGCGUUUUCAAAACAAGUACAGAAGUCUAUAUAACCAAUAAAAUACAUAACAAAAACUGAAAAACAACUACUUGCCUCGAGGUCAAAUGUCAACUUAAACAGUGAAUGAAUGACGUAAAGUGUCGUGUCUUAUAGUGAAAUACGAGUAAUGUUGUCUUGUCGCAGUUAAAUGAUAAAAUUAAAUUCGAAAUAAAAUGCAGAAAUAUUUCUCACUAUUAUUCAUCCUCUACAUUUGUUGUGCCUGUCAACAACAGGCUAAUGCCAAGUGUGAAUCCGCCACAAUUCGAUCGAUUAAAGACUUUAAUAAACUGCAAAAUUGUACUGUCAUCACUGGUUAUGUGCGUAUAGUACAAAUGCAAUUUACUCCCAAGGCCUUGGAGCAUGUUAAAGCCUCAAAUAUAGAGGAAAUAAGUGAAUAUUUAUUAGUGUAUCGUGUUGAGGGUCUUGACAGUUUGGAAAGGCUAUUUCCCAAACUGCUGGUUAUACGAGGCGUUGAAUUGUUGUAUGACCAAUAUGCAUUGAUUAUUUUGGAAAAUCGCGAUUUAAAAAAUAUUGGUCUGGUGAAUUUAUUGCGUGUUUUAAAGGGUUCAAUACGUGUCGAAUCGAAUCCUUCAUUGUGUUUUACGCACACCAUUAAUUGGGUAUCGAUUUUGGGUAAUAAUACAAAACAGUAUUACUAUGUAAUGAAGAACAAUAAAUCUCCCAAUCAAUGUCCUCUCUGUUAUACAUAUCAAGAUGAACUUGAUACAAUCGAGGUUAAUCGUCACAAGAAAUGCUGGUCUCUGGGCAAGUUCCAGAAAACCACUUUAGAUUAUAUAGAUGGUAAAAAGUGUUACAAACAAGGCGGUAGAAGCAGCUGUUUGACUUCUUGCUCGGAUAGUAACUGUAGACAUUGCACAAAAUAUGUCUCUGAGAGAGGUUGUGUGGAUAAUUGUUUACCUCCCAAAUAUAGAUUGGCCUUUAAAAGACAAUGUGUUAGUGAUUGCAAUCAAUUGAAACUUAAGCAAUUGGGCAUGGAAUGUGUGAAGGAAUGUCCCAAACAUUAUGUGGAAGUAAAGAAAAAUGGCAAAAUUUCAUGUGCUUUAAAUUGUACUGGCAAUUUUAUUGUACACACUAUAGAUGACUUGGAAGGUUUAGCGGAUUGUAGUACGAUCGAGGGUUCCUUGACCAUAGAAUUAUAUGAGGUUCACAAACCCUUAAUACAAAAUUUGGAACAUGCUUUUCGCAAUUUAAACGAAAUUACCGGUUAUUUGAAGAUUUUAAGUUCACCACAAAUUGUUUCUUUACAUUUCUUUAAAAAUCUCCAUACUAUAAGGGGUUCGGAAUUGAUAGAAGAUAGAUAUUCUCUUUAUGUGGUUGAUAAUCAUUAUUUGGAAGAAUUAUGGCUUGGUAGAGUUGCCAUUUUACAUGGCUGCGUUUAUUUCCAUUUCAAUCCCCGAUUGUGUUAUGAAAAAAUUACCGAUUUACAGGAAAGUUUUAAAGAAUGUACAAAAAUAACGAUUAAGGAUGCUUCUCGAAAUUCAAAUGGCGAAAGAGUAGUGUGCGGUCCAGAUAUUCGAGAUCUUACAGCCAAUAUUACCGAUUUCAAUUCAAAUUCCGCUGUCGUACAAGUUGAUCUCAUGGUUCCAGAAGAGUUUAGUUUACUGAUUGGUUACACGUAUUACUAUAAAGAGGCUGCUGAAAGGAAUGUAACAAAAUUCGAUGGUCGUCAUGGUUGUGGCAGAGAUGGUUGGAUGACCGAUGUCGUUGUUAGCCAACGUAGACGUCACAUUUUAAAGCAUCUUAAACCGGCUACACAAUAUGCUUAUUUUGUUAAAAGUUUGACCACCAUGGAUUAUCCUUACUAUGCGCAACAUGUAUCGGAAAUAGAAUAUUUUCAAACCGAACCCGCCAAGCCAGAAAAAGUGGCAAAGAUGUAUACACACAAAUUGUCCACUAAGGAAAUUGAAGUUCAUUGGUGGCCACCACGCAUACCCAAUGGCAUUAUAGAAAAAUAUAUUUUGCAGUAUGAAGUAACAAAUGACACAAUUCCUUCUGAAACUUCAAAUCAAAAUAAGGAAGAACUUUGUCAAUGUCCUAAACUUGAUACAGAAUCGAUAAUUCCCACUCCUCAUGUAGAUGAUUAUCACAAUAAAGUGCAAUGGCUAUACAAAGAUGCCUUAAGUAAUUUCCUAUUCCAAAAAAGCAAAUCUUCCGGACAGAUGACUCGCAUUAAAUCGGACAGCAAUGAAACCGGCGAAGCUCGUGCCGAAAAGGCUUACAAUGAAUUGCGUAAUCAAACCAUACAAAAGCAAGAAGAAGCCAAAGAAACCUACAUUUUACCUCACCCCUACCCAGUAUGCAAUCAAUCCAAUCCCAAUAUACAAGAUCAAACAGAAAACAAGUGCAUACCAUUGGAAAGAUAUGAGGAUGCCAUUGAAAUACCCGGCUAUCGUCACUCCUACAUAUUGAAUAAUUUAGAACCCGAACAGACAUAUCGCAUUAGUUUGAGAGCUUGUGUCAAGGAUUUAGCCAAUGGUUGUGGUCCGGAAAAGAUUAUAUUGGCCGAGACAGUGAGCAAACGCUUGCAAACAAUAUUGGAGAACUUAUCAAUGCAUAAGUUGUAAGUGGUUUAAUGUAAAUAUGUAAUAAAUAGAAUUUAAUCAAAAUAAAGUUACAAUAAAAUUAUGUUUUUGUUAAAUUAUU